UGGGCUCAGUUGUUUACGAGAUCGCGAUCGAGUUGGACGCAUUUUUGCUAGGUUUGAAAGCCUGCAUCGCCUGAGGUGGUGUCUACUUAUUACCCGAACCUGGAAGCGGCGGUUGUAAGCUGUCGCUUGAUAAAUUAUAGUGCAGUAUAAGUGUUGACACGCGUACCGUAGCAAUCAUUGCGAAACAAAUUGCAACUGAAUUGGCAAAUCAAACGGAAGUGUAAACUUGCUGUCUCGAUUGGGAAAAUCGAGGAUUUCUGCAGUAAGCCGGAUUUGUAGAAGUUGUAUCGAGUGCGUGUUGAGUACUAGUUCUUACCUAGUGUGUUAACGGGUAUAGUUUCACUGAGAGCCGCAAAUUUGAACACAGAAGCGACCAACCAAGUUGCAAACAGAUGCGCCAAUUAUUCGAGGAGUCGGUAAUUGGUUAACAGGUGACCCAGACAGCAAUUUUGCUAUUUGCUGUGGCCCGGUGGCUCCGUGGAAUUCGCUUGAUUUACCCUCUACAUUGGAAUUGUUGCCUUGAAGUGAUUGUGUUUAUAUCAAUUUUUUGGUUUCGGCCUUUCGUUUUCCUUCUAUUUAUUAUUGGCGGCCUACGGCGGAUGUGAGUGGUUGUGAGGAAGUGACUCAGCCACUGGCUAAUACUGGCAAAAGCUGCAGAAAAAGAUAGCACACUGUCGGUACGCAUAGUGGAGAAAAGCAGCCAAUUACAGCGUCAUAAUGAGAACACCAGUCAGCCCGGACGGGUCAUACGUCAACGAGGCGAUGAACUGUUCAUCACUGGAUAUCACCGUGCCUAACGGGGAACCGCAUGGUGGUUUGACGGGAUCCAAUGAAUUUAUAUUGUCACCAAGCGGGAAGAAAAUCUCCACAGAAAGCCGCAUGGAGCUGGCAAAUCAAUGGUGCCAGCGCAAGGCCAAAAGUGCCUGUUCUAGGAAGAUGCUGUACAAACGACUUCCGAUAUUGCGAUGGCUUCCCAGCUACAAUGCGACAGAUGCGGUUGGGGAUUUAGUUGCGGGAAUUACCGUCGGUCUUACCGUAAUUCCUCAAGCACUAGCCUAUUCCGGUAUCGCCGGGCUUCCAGCAGCAUACGGUUUGUAUGGUUCCUUCCUGGGUUGCAUCGUUUACAUCCUACUUGGCAGCUGCAAGGAUGUACCGAUGGGUCCAACAGCUAUCGCGUCCUUGCUCACUUACCAAACGGCUCGAGGCAACGUUUCUAAGGCGAUUGUCCUGUGCUUUUUAACGGGCGUCAUCGAGCUAGUCAUGGGAUUGUUCGGGUUGGGAUUCUUGGUGGACUUUGUGUCUGGGCCAGUUUCUUCCGGAUUCACCUCAGCUGUAUCACUGAUUAUUGUCACGUCCCAGAUUAAAGACGUGCUCGGGAUAACUGCGAAGGGUAGCACCUUCUUGGAAAUUUGGCAGUCCAUUUUUGGUGAUAUUCACAACAUAAAAGCUUGGGACACGGUGCUGGGCAUAACGUGCAUUGCUGUGUUGUUAAUUAUGAGAAUCGUUGCUGGUCUCAAGGUGGGCCCAGAAGAUGAUGAGUUGAAGUCGAAGAAGCAUAAAAUCAUCAAUAAGAUUAUGUGGUUGAUUGGGACUUCCCGUAACGCGAUCCUGGUGGUGGUGUGCGGUGCCAUUGGUUAUGUCUUCCAGUCUUCGGCAGCAACGCCGUUCAAAUUGAUUGGAGAUAUCCCGCCAGGGAUGCCGUCUGUUGAGGUGCCACCCUUCUCCCUAAGUGCCAAUCAAUCAUCCAGCGGCAGGGAGGAAUCUUUCUCCGAAGUAAUCUCUAGUCUAGGAUCAGGAUUGAUCGUUAUUCCACUGAUCGCUCUUAUGGAAAAUAUUGCCAUCUGUAAAGCAUUCUCCAAUGGUAAACCGGUUGAUGCCACGCAAGAAUUGAUUGCGAUUGGGGUGGCGAACAUUGCCAACUCUUUCGUGCAGGGAUUCCCUGGAACAGGAUCACUAAGCCGCAGUGCCGUUAACAAUGCGUCCGGUGUUCGAACGCCACUUGGAAAUAUUUACACCGGAGCCCUUGUGGUGCUUUCGCUGCUGUUCUUCACACCGUACUUUUCCUACAUUCCAAAGGCCACACUGGCCGCCAUUAUUAUUGCCGCCGUCGUCUUCAUGGUUGAGGUGAAGGUUGUUAAACCUAUGUGGCGAACCAAAAAAAGCGACUUGAUUCCUGGUUUGGGCACGUUCAUUGCUUGUCUGGCACUACCGCUGGAAAUUGGAAUCCUUCUUGGAGUAGGACUUAACGUCGUUUUCAUAUUAUACCAUGCUGCAAGACCGAAGAUAUCCGUUGAACGGCUAACGAGUCCCGCCGGAACUGAAUAUCUGAUCAUCACUCCCGAUCGAUGCCUCAUCUUCCCGUCUGUGGAUUACGUGCGUAAUUUGGUCACGAAACAUUCGAUCCGGCAAUCGCUUCCGGUAGUGAUUGAUUGCUCGCAUGUGUACGGUGCUGAUUACACGGCGGCUACGGUUAUUGACAGCAUCACCCAGGAUUUCGCUAAACGUGAUCAGCCGCUGUUCUUCUAUAACCUUAAACCUAGUGUUUGCGCAGUGUUCGAGGGUCUAUCGCCGGUGGAUUUCAUAGUUUAUUACAGAGAGGAAGAUCUAGAUCUGCUGAUGAAGGAACGUGCCUACAAACCUAAGCAAGUGCUCAGUGCAUAAGGGGCUACAUGAAUCAGGUACUACCGGCAGUAUUGAAAGGCGGAUGUUCCAGAGAACUGGUUGGUUUUGUGGAAGCAUUUUUUUGUAUAUAAAAAUUUGGUAUGAUAGUGCAGAUUGCUUCCUCCGAACGGAUUAACAACCGUCAUUUCAAGUGCACACACCAAUGACGGGUUUUACGUUCUAAGUCCCUAACAUUACUAAUUAUUACGUAUACAUACUUGUACCAGAAAGAUACAAACAUACGAAAAGUAGUAUUUUCUAUUGAAGAGGAGCUUAUGUUCCAUUAUUCGUUACAGUUUUAUUGUCGGUGUGGUAUCUUGUUGCAAAAAAAAUCAGGAAAUUCAAGAAAAAUAAGGUUCCAAGUAUUGGAACUAUUUACUUAUUUAUUCAUUUAGUAAACUAGUUAUUCUAGUGUCAUUGACCGUAACAUUAACUUUUUUCUGAAAAUGCACGAAUGCUACUUAAUCUUUGUUUAUCGUUAUUUUCAAAAUUGUAUUCCACAAAUCAAAAUGCCAAUAUUUGUAAGGAAUUCACGUCAUCAGGCUUGCAGAUUAGGUGAUUUUGAAUCAGACAAUCUUAUUUUACGCAAGAACCAACACUGCUAGUUUUCGGUAUCCUCAAAAUUUUAUUAAAUCAUAGUUGAGAAUAAUCAAAUUUCCAAGCCAUAUUGUGUAAUGUAGGAUAUUUGAGCAUUGUUAAGAUAAUAAUCUAUUUUACAGAAAAAAAGAAUAUUUUAAAACUAGUAUUCUAGGCGUUUAUGUAUUUUAUAUAUUAUGUAGGUAAAAACAUCUUAUUUAUUGAUGAUGACGUUAUUCUGUGAUAAGGUUGAACAUCAUCAAUAAACACAUAGUACCAU